UCUGUUUAACAGCGGUCAUUAACUAAAAUCAUGGCAACUGCCAGUAAUGAGGUGCACCAUCCUGUAGAUCCUGGAAUCUCAAAGCUGCAGUUUGCUCCCUUCAGUAGUGCCUUGGAUGCAGGAUUCUGGCAUGAACUAACCCAGAAGAAACUCAAUGAGUACCGAUUAGAUGAGACCCCAAAAGUUAUCAAAGGAUACUACUACAAUGGUGAUCCUUUGGGUUUGCCAGCUCGCUUGACAUUGGAGUUUAGUGCCUUUGAUAUGAAUGCUUCAAUACCAGCACGUUGCUGUCCUGCUUUCGGAACAUUGUAUAAUACCAACACUUUUGAGACUUUCAAGUCCUGUGAUAAGAAAUCACUUCUGGAAAAAGAAGCAAAUGAGAUAUGGGAAUCAAUAAAAUCUGGAGCUGCUCUUGAAAACCCUAUGCUCUUGAACAGGUUCCUGCUGCUGACAUUCGCAGAUUUAAAAAAGUAUCAUUUCUAUUACUGGUUUUGCUACCCUGCUCUCUGCUUCCCCGAUGGAAUACAUAUAAUUCAGAAACCAGUGUGUCUUGGUGACAGAUUCCCAUUAAAUCAGAUUCAAGCACUUCAGAAAGCAUAUGAUGAACUUUGCCAGAAAGAGGGGGUUACAGCCUUGCCUUAUUUUUUAAUCAAGUAUCAUGACAACUCUGUUGUGAUAUCUCUACUGAAAAAGUGGGAUGGUUUCUUCCAAGACCAAGGGGGAAAGGUGACGGUUGGAGUUUAUGAUCCAUGUAAUUUAUCCCACUAUCCAGGAUGGCCACUCAGAAAUUUCCUGAUCCUGGCAGCCCACAAAUGGGGCAGCAUUCUCCAGUCAGUUGAAGUGAUCUGCUUCAGAGAUAGGACCAUGCAAGGAGUGAGAGACAUAACACACAGCAUUAUCUUUGAAAUAAAACUUCCAGAGAGAGUCCUUGGCCCAGGUUGUCCAAAAGCUGUUGGAUGGGAGAAAAAUCCAAAGGGAGGCAUGGGUCCAAGAAUGGUGAAUCUCAGUGAAUGCAUGGAUCCAAAAAGGUUAGCAGAAUCAUCAGUGGAUCUUAAUUUGAAAUUGAUGUGCUGGCGGUUGGUACCUACUCUUGAUUUGGAAAAGAUUGUGUCUGCCAAGUGUCUGCUGCUAGGAGCUGGUACACUGGGUUGUAGUGUUGCAAGGACCUUGAUGGGUUGGGGAGUCAGGAAGAUUACAUUUGUGGACAAUGCAAAGAUCUCCUACUCCAACCCAGUACGACAGCCACUGUAUGAGUUUGAAGACUGCCUUAGUGGUGGGAAGCCUAAGGCACUUGCAGCGGCAGACAGGCUGCAGAAGAUCUUCCCAGGAGUGAGUUCAGAAGGCUAUAACAUGAGCAUCCCUAUGCCAGGCCACCCAGUGAAUUUUUCUGAAGUAACAAUGGCACAGGCUCGGAAGGAUGUGGCUAAACUUGAAGCGCUUAUUGAUGCUCAUGAUGUUGUUUUCCUGCUAAUGGACACCAGAGAGAGUCGAUGGCUUCCUGCUGUCAUUGCAGCCAGCAAGAGGAAGUUGGUCAUCAAUGCUGCAUUGGGAUUUGACACAUUUGUUGUUAUGAGACAUGGUCUAAAGAAACCAAAACAGCAAGAAUCUGGUGAUUCAUGUUUGAACAAUGCCUCUGGUUCUUCUGAUCUUUUGGGAUCAUCGCUCUUUUCAAAUAUCCCUGGCUAUAAACUGGGUUGCUACUUCUGCAAUGACGUUGUGGCACCAGGGGAUUCUACCAGGGAUCGGACAUUGGAUCAGCAGUGCACAGUCAGUCGACCUGGAUUAGCCAUGAUAGCUGGAGCUCUUGCAGUGGAAUUAAUGGUUUCUGUUUUACAGCAUCCAGAAGGUGGUUAUGCUGUGGCCAGCAGUAGUGAUGAUAGAAUGAAUGAACCACCUACUUCUCUUGGACUUGUUCCUCAUCAGAUCCGUGGAUUUUUAUCAAGAUUUGAUAAUGUUCUUCCAGUCAGCCUGGCAUUUGAUAAGUGCACAGCCUGUUCAAUGAAA